AUGAACUAAAAUUCCAAUCAAUUACUAGGAUAACCGAAGAAUUAAUUUAAAAUUGUAGAGAGUGUCUAUCAAUAGCAAUAACCAUAACAAUAACAACAAUAACAACCAAGACAAUAGCAAUCAGUGUCAUCAAAACCUGUUGAAGAAUCCCAUUGUAUAAGAGUGAGGAGCAAAGAAGUUAAAGCUGUUCAUAGAAUGAUGUUAUGGUUUUGUGGCAAGAAAUAAUAGAAGCUUUACUAAAAGAUGAAAAAAAAACAUAGAUAUAGAAAGAAUGUGAUUGCUGAAAUUAUAAAUACAGAGAGGACAUACGUGAAUGAUUUGGCCAUUAUUUGCGAAAAAGUGAAAACAUCCUCACUUUCUAUUUUAUCUCCAAAUGAUGUUUAAACUAUCUUUAUGAAUUGCGAUGAAAUUUUGGCUUGGAAUAAAGAGUUUCUAUAAGAAAUGGAAAAGGGGUAUUCAAAAUACAAUCUUGAUAAGAACUAGAUGCCAAGACCAUAUCAACCGGUUUUUUAUGGGAAUGCCUAAUAAUUAAAAACGCCCGAUCUAUUUGCAUUCAAAUGUUAUUAUGAAUACUGCAGUAAAUUUACAAAAUCUAAUAAACAUUUUGAACUUCUGAAAGCAAAUGAUCAGAAGUUUAAAGAGUUCUUAACAUAACUCAACAAAAAUAAUACUUUAAGAGGAAUGGAUCUAGGAAGUUUCUUAGUUAAACCCAUUUAGAGAUUGCCUAAGUAUAUUUUAUUAUUUAAAGUAAAAUUUGAAUAUAUUAUAGGAUUUAGAAAAGAAUACGGAUGAAGAUUAUCCAGAUUUACCAAAUAUCAAAGAGAUUCAUAAAUAUUUCAAGGAAGUUAAUGAAGAAAAUAACAAAUUUAUGGAUAUAUUUAUGGGUAGAUUGUAACUUCAAUAAUUAAGUGAGUCUUUGAAGAUCAAUUAAGAAGAAUUAUUAAAUGAACCUCAGAGAAUUUUUAAAUUUGAAGAGAAAUUAACAACCAUUUAACCAAAUGCAAAACAUGAUGAGGAUUGUUAAGUAACAGUCUAUGCUUUGAGUGACAUGUUGGUAGUUGUGCAAGAUGAAAAAGUUUAAAAGAAACUACAAUUAGAUUCUUUAUCCUUUGUUAAGAAUUAAUCUGACAAUAAUAAGUACUUUAGCAAUUUGUUUUAAAUUGUUGGAGUAGGUGAUACAAUAUAAUGCAUAGCUGAAACACCGGCUGCAAAAAAGAAAUAUAUAGACUUGUUUGAAAAAUUGAUUUAAGAAAAUAGAGAACAUGAACACUAAAGAGAGAAGGAACUUGGAAAUUAAUAAAUAAAAAUGCGAUAUCCUGUUUAAGUUGUUGUAGUUGGUACUGAAGAAAGAAAUUUUUAAUCAUUCACUAAACAUACUUAAUAUAUCACUGAAAUUAGUAUAAAUAAAGUGUUUCAAAAUGUACUAAAACACCCUAUUUCUAGAUAUUUAUUCGAUACAGUGAAAUUGAAGCGAUGUCAAUUAAAUAUAAACAAAGAUAUCCCAGAAUAGAGUUGCCUUAAUUGCCUGACAAAAAUUGGUUGAUGAGUCACAAGACUAAGAGUAUAGAGGCACGUAAGAUAGCAAUUGAAAAUUUCCUUUAGGCAUUACUAUAAGCAAAGGAGUCCUAAUCAGAUCCUGAUAUUUUGAAUGAAUUAAGUAUAGUUCUUCAUUAAUCAAAUUAGAAUUACCUAAGAAUUUUUUUGACUUACCAGAUCUGUAUUAAUCUAUUUUAAAAUCAAACUUAAACUAGAAAUAGCAGAAUUUCAAAAGAACCACAUUAGAAGGAAAAGAAGAAUUAAGAGAGAAAGGCAUAAAUAUUGAAAAACUAAAAAUAAGUGCUGGAGAGAUUUUAAAGGCCGUUUAUAUUGAACAGGAAACAAGAAAAAAAAGUGUUGUGUAAAUUUGUCCCAAUAAGGUUAUCUCAUAUGAGAAUUCAAAAGAUCCCAGUUUGCAAAAAGUUAUUAUUACAUUUCCUGAUGGAACUGAAACAGCACUUGGGGUCACAGAACAAACAAGAGUUAGAGAGGUUUUAGAAUAUGUUGCGAAAUAUAAUCACCUUGUUUAUUACAAAGAUUUUAGAUUAUAUUUAAUUGAUUAAUUAAAAAAACAGAGAGUUUUGGACGAUGAUGAAGUACUUUUUAAAGUGAUUGAAGAUGAAAGACAAAAUAACCAUGGAAUAUUAAAUAAAUUGGAAUAAAUGCUAGCCAAAUCAAAUGCAGAGUAUUUAUUAAUCUAAUUACUAGAGUUCUAAUAAAGAUGAAAAAAUAUAUCUACUUGCCUGCCAAAUUAGAAGAGAGUGAUUAUAAAGAAGAUCCAGUCAGGCUAAUAAACUUAGCCUUUUCUAUAUUAGAUGAUGUUCAUGAUUAAAAGCUACAACUUGGAUUUAAAGAAUAUUGUUUAUUUGCUGCACUCUAUUUCCAUAUGAAGCAUCAAAGAUUGGAUGAUAAAUUAUUUGGUGAAGUUAGAAGAGUAAUUCCUUCUGAAAUGUUUCAAAGUAGCACAGAUAAAGAAUGGAAAGAUCUGAUUACUUAGUGUUUUAAGGCACUUGACAAUGAACUCUCAACAAUCAGUGUAACAUUUAACAAUUUAUUUAGAAAAAAAAUGAAAAUGACUAAAUCUAAAAGAAACCUAACUCCUAAUACAAACACACCGACAAAAAAUAUUUGGCUGCAGGAGUUACUUUAAAUGCUGCGCGAACUUUUGUUUAAAGCAUAAUGGCAAUCUUUUAAGUUCAAGUCUAUGAGGGAACUCAGAAGUAUUUUAAGAAUUUAGGACUUGAAGUUCAUCCCACCAUUUACUUAGGGUUGUCCAUUCAUAAAAUACAUUUUUUAAACCCCCAAAGAAAGGAACAAUUUAGAGAAAUUGAUUAUAGUCGUGUAAAUGGAGUGAAGUCUUACCCUAGUUAAAUAAUCUUUGACCUUUAAAUAUUUAAGGAACCUAUUAGGUUUGACACUUACUAAAGUUAUGAAGUACUUAAUUAAAUUUUAAAUCCUAGAUAAAAUCACUUGUUGAAUAAUACCAAGCUAUUCAAAAAUUCGAUGAAGAAUAUGAAUUGGGUCAUCAAUUCAAUAUUAAACAUUGA